AUGGCUACUGAUGGUGGUGAAGUUGGUCAAGCAACUAGUACGGGUGACCUGAGUAGAAAAUAUGGCACACAAGACCCGACCAACAAAAACCGGUGGACUUGCAAGUUCUGUGGAAAACCAUCAACAGGUGGCGUAUACCGGCUGAAGCAACACUUAAUUGAUGGGUUUAGAAACGUUGCAUCAUGUGGUAGGUGUCCCGAAAAUGUACCCCAAGAGAUGAAAGACUUUAUGUUGAAAAAAGCUAAGGGUAAACAAUCAUAUGACCCCAUGGUUGAUGAUUAUGAUUUUGGUGAUGAAGAGGACGAAGAAUGUGUUGUAACGAAGGUGAAGAGGACAAGUGGUUCGAGCCAAGCAAAUGCGCCAAAAAGCCAAGACAUACUAAAAGGUAGGAAAGGAGGAAAACAACAAACCAUAAAUGAAAUUUGUAAAAAAGAAUUGAGGGACAAAGUUUGCAUAGAGAUUGCUCGGUGGUUUUAUGACGCGGGUAUUCCUUUUCACGAGGCCACCUAUGGUAGCUUUCAUAUUAUUUUGGAAGUUGUGGCACAGUUUGGUCCGGGAUUUCGAGCACCUACUAUGUACGAAUUGAGGGUGCCUUUACUUACAAAAGAAGUAGAGGACACUAAAUUGGAGAUUAAUAAUCACAAAAAGGAAUGGGCUGCCAAAGGAUGUUCUAUUUUAUCAGAUGGAUGGCGUGAUUCGACUAUCCAAAAAGAUAUUAUCAACUUCUUGGUUAAUUCUCCUAAAGGGUCGGUGUUUGUGAAGUCGAUAGAUGUAUCAGAGAUCACGAAGGAUGCUCAUCAGUUGUUGGGGAUGCUUGAAGAAAUGGUGGAUGAAGUAGGAGAGGAAAACGUGGUGCAAGAGGUGACGGAUAAUGCAUCCAAUUAUAAAUCGGAAGGUAUGUACUUAGAAGCUUCAAGAAAGCAUUUGUACUGGACACCAUGUGCAGCCCAUUGUAUUGAUCUCAUGUUAGAGGAUAUAGGGAAGAUUCCAAAGAUCAAGGAAAACAUUGUUUAUGCUCUCAAGUUGACAGGACCGCUUGUUAAAGUUCUUAGGAUUGUUGAUGGGGAUAAGAAACCUGCCAUGGGGUACAUCUAUGACGCUAUGACAAGGGCUAAGGAAGCCAUUGCAGCUAGUUUUUUGAAUAGAAAAGCUGAGUAUAAAAAAGCCUUUGCGAUCAUUGACAAAAGAUGGGAAUGUCAGCUUCAUAGGCCUUUACAUGUUGCUGGAUUUUUUUUGAAUUCGGAAAUGUAUUAUGACAAUCAAGCGAAAGCAAGUGGUGGACCGAUUAGGCGAGGUUUGAUUGACUGUAUUGGAAGGUUAGUUGCUGAUCCACAUACUCAUGACAUAAUCAGCAGCCAGUUGGAUUCAUACGAAGAGGUAAUAGGUGUUUUUGGCAAUCCGAUGGCUAUACGUCAAAGAAAGACGAGAUCACCAGCGGAUUGGUGGGCUAGUUAUGGAUGUGAUACCCCAAAGUUGCAAAAGUUUGCCAUUCGGAUUCUUAGUCUCACAUGUAGUGCCACGGGAUGUGAGAGAAAUUGGAGUGUCUUCCAACAACUUCAUACUAAAAGAAGAAACCGAUUGGCACAAAAACGAUUAAAAGACUUGGUGUAUGUAAAGUUUAAUCGUGGAUUGAAACAACGAUAUGAAAGAAGGAACACCACCCACCCUAUACUUUUACAAGAAAUUGAUGAUAGUAACGAGUGGGUCAUGGGUGUUAUGGAUGAUGAGAAUGAGGAGACUUCGGAGGCUUCGGGGGCAUCUGAACCGAUAUAUGCAACAAGAUCAAGUACACAACAACAAUCCAAAGAAAAGGAUCCUUCUUCCUCCACCCAUACUCCUAGUGUACCACCACCUAAGAAAGCACCAUCUAAAAGACUACAUGUAUUGAUUGAUGAAGGUAUUCAAGAUGAUGAAGAAAUCGAAGAAGAACUUGGCUUGAGUGAAGAUGAUGGCGAAGAUGUGGUACUUGGAGUUGACGAUGAUCAUGGAGAUAGUGAAGAAGACUACUAG